AUGUGUUUAUUAAGAUUGUUAAGUUGCUUGUUUUUGGUAUGGAUAAACUCACCAGAGAUUGCUUCCUCCCUCGCAUCAGAUCCCUUGAUUGUUGAGAUCCCGAAUGGAAAACUCCGGGGAAGGGAUAAUGGAACCUACUACAGCUACGAAUCGGUGCCAUACGCCGAGCCUCCAAUCGGCGAACUUCGAUUCGAAGCUCCACGUCCUUAUAGUCGCCAGUGGACGGAGACCUAUGAUGCCUCGCAGCCACCAGUGCCCUGCUUGCAAUACAACCAAUUCAGAGCUACUAAGCUAGUGGGUCAGGAAGAUUGCCUGACCGUCAGCAUCUAUAAGCCGAAGAACAGCACUCGGAACAGCUUUCCAGUCGUUGUCCUCCUGCACGGUGGUGCCUUUAUGUUUGGAGUAGCGGCAGCCAACGGACACGAAUAUUUUAUGAGUGUAGGCAACUUGAUGUUGGUGAAAAUAAACUAUCGCCUUGGGCCGUUGGGCUUCGUCAGCACCGGAGAUCGAGAGUUGCCGGGCAACAACGGAUUGAAGGACCAACGAUUAGCCUUGAAAUGGAUUAGACAGAACAUAGCUAGCUUUGGUGGUCUGCCAGAGAAUAUCGUGGUCAUUGGUCAUUCUGCGGGCGGUGCAUCAACACAUUUGCAGCUCCUCCAUGAAGAUUUCGGUGGAUUGGCCCGGGCGGCCAUAUCGGUGAGUGGAAAUGCCCUCGAUCCUUGGGUCGUCCAGGAAGGUGGUCGAGGUCGAGCCUUUGAAGUAGGUCGCAUUGUCGGCUGUGGACUUGCUAAGGACUCCGCCACACUCAAAAGUUGCCUAAAAUCCAAGCCCGCCAGUGAAAUAGUGUCCGCUGUCAGCAGUUUCCUGGUGUUUUCAUACGUGCCCUUCUCCACGUUUGGCCCUGUUGUGGAACCAGCAGACGCUCCCGGGGCAUUCCUUACCCAGCACCCCAGAGAGGUAAUCAAAAGCGGAAAGUUUGCCCAAGUGCCCUGGGUUGUGACCUAUACUUCCGAGGAUGGUGGCUACAAUGCAGCUACGCUGUUGGAACAAAAUCUAACCACCGGAGAGACAUGGAUUGAGAAACUUAACGAUCGGUGGUUUGACUUGGCGCCUUACUUGCUCUUCUAUCGGGACUCCAAGAAGACUAUUAGGGAUAUGGAUGAUUUUUCAAGAAAACUGAGACAGGAUUACCUGGGAGAUCGACGAUUUAGUGAGGAAAGCUAUUGGGACGUGCAGCGGAUGUUUACAGAUAUCCUUUUCAAGAACAGCGUGCCGGAAGCCUUAGACCUACAUCGUAGACAUGGAAAGAGCCCGCUGUACUCUUAUGUCUACGACAAUCCGACGGAGUCUGGAGUCGGGCAGGUUCUGUCCAAGCGCACGGAUGUAUAUUUUGGUACUGUCCAUGGCGACGACUUUUUCGUUAUCUUUGACUUGGGUCGCCCUCGGGCGGCUUUACGUCCAGAUGAACAUAUUAUAGCCGGAAAUUUCAUGAAGAUGCUGGAGAAUUUCGCCCUCAGCGAUGACAGAGAAUUUUCAUUCGGCGAUUGCCAUUUUCAGAACAAUGUUGAAAGUGAAAAAUUUCAGGUUCUAAGGAUAACCAGAAAUGGCUGUGAGAACGAGGAAUAUUACCAGUUUCCCUGA